CGGCAUUCACGUUUUCCAAUUAGAUCUCAAUAACAAAGAACGCAAGUUUGUAACCUUCACCCUUUCCAGCUGACUCUGUAAGCUCUCACUUAAUUGAUCUCCACGGAUGGUUAGAGUUGCAGAGAAUCGCUUCAGUGGUGAUACUUCUUAGGGAUCUUAGUGAUCAGUUUCCAUUCGUUCACCAACAGUUUUAAAAUCUCAGAUGGCUGUCGAUUUCGAAUCCUUAACAGAGGCGACCUCGGGUGCCAUUGGAGCUCUGUUGAGUACUACCAUUCUUUAUCCCCUCGAUACCUGCAAGACCAGGUUCCAGGCUGAUAUUCGGACUCAAGGUCAGGCAAAAUACAGGUACCUCUCAGAUGUUUUGUUGGAAGCCAUUUCAACUGGUCAGGUUCUUUCAUUGUACCAAGGGCUUGGAACCAAGAACCUGCAAUCUUUCAUAUCACAGUUUGUCUACUUCUAUGGGUACAGCUACUUCAAAAAACUGUAUCUGAGGAGGAGUGGAGCAAAGUUCAUUGGAACGAAAGAGAACUUGAUUGUUGCUGCCGUUGCGGGGGCUUGCAAUGCCAUAAUGACACAGCCUCUGGAUACAGCGUCAUCAAGGAUGCAGACGAGUGCUUUUGGAAAAUCCAAAGGGCUGUGGAGAACACUUUCAGAAGGAACAUGGAGUGAAGCGUUCGACGGCCUUGGGAUAUCCCUUCUUUUGACCUCUAACCCGGCUAUUCAGUACACAGUAUUUGAUCAGCUCAAAGGAAGAAUGUUGAAGAGGCAACAAAGCAACAAGGUGGGGGGGCAUUCUUCGAAGAUAGCCCUUUCGGCCUUUUCAGCUUUUAUACUAGGGGCUGUUUCAAAGAGCAUAGCCACUUUCUUGACAUAUCCUGCUAUUAGGUGUAAAGUAAUGAUCCAGGCUGCUGACCCAGACGAUGAUGGGUCCAAGGAGGCUCGACCUAAGUCCUCCAAAACUAUGUCAAGUGUAGCAUAUGCAAUUUGGAAAAGAGAAGGGCUACCAGGAUUCUUCAAAGGAUUGGAGGCUCAAAUUCUGAAAACUGUGUUAAGCUCAGCUCUACUUCUCAUGAUCAAGGAGAAAAUCACAAAGACGACAUGGGUCCUGAUGCUUGCACUGCAGAGGUAUCUUUUGGUACCACGAGGUAGAUUAAAAAAUGCAUAAUGGCAAUGCAGAAAUUCUGUAUCGAUGGGUCUUUUGUAAAUAAAAUGUGGCACUUGGUUCCAAUUCAAUAUGAAGAAUUUUGUAGCCAAGGAAUAAAUGUUGAUCAGACUACCUAGUCCAAGUUUAAUAGCUUGAGCGAAAUGCAGAUUGAAUUAUGUUGUUUAAUUGAAUAAAGGACUGAUUUUAGACUUAAAAUCUUCGGAGAAUGGAAAAUCUUUCCUCUCAACUUGAGGUUACAAUGCA